AUGAGCCUCGGGGGAACCACGGGCGACAACACGCGCCUGCUUGGGCAGGCGCCAGAGGAGGAGGAGGAGGAGGAGGAGGAGGAGGAGGAGGAGGAGGAGGAGGAGGAGGAGGAGGAGGAGGAGGAGGAGGAGAUGCAGGCGGAGGGCGUGAGGGAGGUGGCCGUGGCAACCGGCCUGGAGGUGCUGUACCAGGAGACCCCCAACUACCGCGGAGCGGCGGCUGAGGCUGACCACAUGAUCGAGCCUAGGGAGACGGCCAGGCAUGCCUGGCGAGUGCCAGACUUGGCUAUUCUUCCAGUCUCUCCUCACUCCACCGUCGCCUCUCCCUCACUCCCCACCGUCGCCUCUCCCUCACUCCCCACCGUCGCCUCUCCCUCACUCCCCACCGUCGCCUCUCCCUCCCUCCCCAUCAUUGCCUCUCCCUCGGUCCUCGCCGUUGCUCUCCCUUCCUCCGCCGUCGCCCCUCCCUCCUUUCCCGCCGUCGCCUUUGGUCGGUGCACGAGUGCGAGCGCGGGUUGCUGCAUGACCGCGCGUUUUGUGAGGCACCGUCGUCUCAGCGCGCUGGCGCCUAACGCGCUUGCGCCUAAUGCGCUGGCGCGUAGCGCGCUGGCACGUAGCGCGCUGGCGCCUAGCGCGCUGGCGCCAAACGCGCUGGCGCCUAGCUCGCUGGCGCCUAACGCGCUGGCGCCAUGCGCGCUGGCGCCUAACGCGCUGGCGCCUAACGCGCUGGCGCCAUGUGUGCUGGCGUCCAACUCGCUGGCGCCAUGCACGCUGGCACCAUGCGCGCUGGCGUCAUGCUUGCUGGCGCCUAACGCGCUGGCGCCAUGGGCGUUGGCGCCAUGUGCGCUGGCGCCUAACGCGCUGGCGCCAUGCACGCUGGCGCCAUGCGCGCUGGCGUCUAAAGCGUUGGCGUCUAAAGCGCUGGCGCCUUACGCGCUGGCGCCAUGUGCUCUGGCGUCUAACGCGCUGGCGCCAUGCGCGCUGGCGCCUAACGCGCUGGCGCCAUGCGCGCUGGCGCCUAAUGCGCUGGCGCCAUGUGUGGACUUGGCGCUAUCAUUUUUGCUCUCUUUCCUUUCUGCUGCAGGUGAUGCAUUCCGUGCAUGCUGA